CACAAGAAAGCGCUGGAUAUUUCCACUGAGAGAGCUUCAACUUCUCCAGGUGCGCAUCACACAGCAGAACGUUUUCCAUCAUGAACAUAGACGAGAAUCCUGGAUUUAUCACCCACGAAAGAAAUGGGAUCGACAAAACCACUGCUGGAGCAGAUGUGAGGCCUCUGGAGGAGAAAGAGAACGACAGCAACGUGACGGAGAAUGUGUUGCAGUGCGUUAAAGGCAUGAUCAAGGUGGAGCCUGACGAGCCUGAAAACAAUGAGGCCGAAGAAGAAAGACCGAUUUUUCCAAAAGAGGAAGGAGAUGGGGCGGUGGAGGAAGGAAUGGAAGAAGGAUACGACGGAGACAGAACGGAGGACGAGGACGAAAACGACGAAGAGAGGGAUUACGUGAAUGAACCGGAGGACCUGUCGCUGGUGGACUAUUCACGCUAUUCAGCCAUGCAGGACUCCUCGGCACGGGCGGCACCGGAGAGGACUUACAUGGCCGGACCGAUGAGUCCACAUUUGCAGCCCACAGGGAAGCUCAACUGUGACAUCUGCGGCCUGUCGUGCGUCAGCAUCAACGUACUGCUAGUGCACAAGCGCAGCCACACGGGUGAGAGACCGUUCCACUGCACUCAGUGCGGCGCUUCCUUUACCCAGAAGGGAAACCUGCUUCGCCACAUCAAACUACACUCCGGGGAGAAGCCUUUCAAAUGUCCCAUGUGCAGCUACGCCUGCCGCCGACGUGACGCCUUGAGCGGCCACCUGCGCACCCAUUCUGUGGAGAAGCCCUUCAAGUGCAACCUCUGCAGUCGCAGUUACAAGCAACGCAGCUCCCUGGAGGAGCACAGAGAGCGCUGCCACGUGUACGUUCACAGCAAAGACCUUCCUGAGAACGACGACAGUCAAGCGCCGAGGACUCAGAUGGGCAGCAAGCGCGCUUUGCUGCUCGACAGGCUCGCCAGCAACGUUGCCAAACGCAAGAGUUCAAUGCCGCAGAAGUUCACGGGUGAUAACGGCGUCUGUCUGGACUUGAGCUUUAACAAGGACCAACCCGAGGAGCUCCCGUUUAGCUCGACGACGCCCGACGCCCACCGCCAGCGGCCAAUAUUGCAUCCCGGCCCAGACGGCGAUCCGGCUUAUCCCCAGAGGCAGUACCCCGCCCUGAGUCCAAUGAGCCUGAGGAACGGCCACAGGAUGAUCAUGCAGCUGCCGGGUCACCCUCACACCCCCCAGCAAGCCCUUGGCAUGGAUGCCUUCCACGCUGACGGGUCACAGGUCUCCCAGCCCGUCAUGUACAGCUUAGGGCACCUACUGGGGGGGCUCAACCAUCAGAACGGGGUCUCACCCUCCCAGCCCGUCCACUAUUCCUCCCAGGAAGCCCUGCAGGUCGCGCGGUCAGACGGAGAGGCCGGAGCGUUCCCCGGGGCCGUGUUCCCCUGCAGUCACUGCAAGGUGAUCUUUCUCGACUACGUCAUGUUCACAAUCCACAUGGGGUGCCACGGCUUCCGAGACCCGUUCGAGUGCAACGUGUGCGGCCAUCGCAGCCGGGACCGAUAUGAGUUCUCGUCGCACAUAGUCCGCGGGGAGCAUCGGCUGGACAUGAAGUAGUUACCCUCACAAGUUCACACACACGCAGUUACUGUCAUUUGAACAAGAAACAUGACCCCGUUAGGCACACAGUGAAUAUACAGUGGAACCCGCUUGUGUCGACAACAGUGACGUCCAACGUUCCCUCUUAAGGUGCGCGCCUGCGCAAUUGCGCACUGCUCACGCGUCCUCUGCGCACAGCAAAUUAAAGGCCUACUGAAAUGCGAUUUUCUUAUUUAAACGGGGAUAGCAGGUCCAUUCUAUGUGUCAUACUUGAUCAUUUCGCGAUAUUGCCAUAUUUUUGCUGAAAGGAUUUAGUAGAGAACAUCGAGGAUAAAAUUCGCAACUUUUGGUCGCUGAUAAAAAAGCCUUGCCUGUACCGGAAGUAGCAGACGAUAUGCGUGUGACGUCACAGGUUGUG